AUGCGCGUCUCGCUCUUCCCUGUCGGCCUCCUGGUGUCCGCUGCGGCAGCCGUGACCACGACCUAUUCCGCCUCGUCAGCUACAUCGACAACAACCUGCGGCGCCCUCCCAGUCCUGAACCAAUGUCUCUCUUCCACGCAAAUCAUCGCCAACGCCUGCAAACCCACGGAUUACAGCUGUCUCUGCGAAAAGUGGAAUGUGGUGGUCGUCUGUUUCGACGUCUGCCCCAGCGACAGCCGUCUCUCGGGCAUGCAAAACACCGCGGCUAGCUAUUGCGCCUACGCGCCUACAACCACCUCCGCUGUUGUCACGCCUACCAAGACACCCACCGUUUCCUCGACGAACUUGGGAAAUCCGAGCCCGGUUCCAGGCGGGUCUACAUCCGCGGUCUCGGGUGACAAUGCGGCCUCGGCGGGAGGGUCUUCGGGGACGAGCGCGACGGGCGGCGCGAAUAAUGUGGUGCUAGGAGCGGGCAGCGUGAUGAUGUGCCUUGCGGGGCUUGUGGGUGCCUUCUUGUAA